AUGACUGAUGCAGAUCACGUUAACAUUGGGAGUGUGAAGAACCAGGCGGCUGCAUUGGAGGCUAGAGGCUUCUCAACGGAGCGGCGUUGGAGGCUUUGCAAUAGCAGAGAACCUGGCAGUGGCACUGGAGGAUUUGCAACAGCUGGUAUCAGAGCUUGCACCUGGGACAAGAUGACGGAUCGUGGCAAAGAACCGAUCUCCGAUGACGCAAGGAGUCUGGAGACGUUGUGGGCAAACCAGGACAAUGUCAAUCGUCGGCUGGAUGAACUGGCCGCCGAUGUCCAACGAUUAACAGUAGAGAUGCGCCGUGAGUUUAAUCUCCAUCGGACGAGGCCACCACAGCAACUUCCGCAGAGGGAAGAACCUCCUGUAAAUCGUCCGGCGAGGCGUAGGGGAGCGGCAGCGGGUCGUCAGUUACACUGCAUUCCUAUGAACAGACAAGAGUUGUCUAAUUCCGAAGAAGACAUGCAGAUGUACCGAGUAAAUGACUUAGUUGAGUCGGGAGAAGAAGAAGGAGGUAACCAAUACCACCUAGACUAUCAUCGGCACCGACGGCCUGCACAAUUACAGCAUCAACCCGGUGAGUUCAAGGUUAAAUUAGAUAUCCCGUUCUUUGACGUUCGCAUGCAUAUAGAGGACUAUUUGGACUGGGAAAGGGCCGUCGAAAAUUUCUUUGAAUACAUGGAGAUAGAUCCGGAAAAACAGGUGAAAUAUGUUGUCUGUAGGCUGAAAGGUGGUGCGAGUGCUUGGUGGGCACAAAUUCUUCAGAUGAGGCAACGUGAGGGAAAAGGAAGAGUCCGGAGUUGGAACAGAAUGAAGCAACUAUUGCGAGCUCAAUUUCUACCCACAGAUUUUGAACAAAUUAUAUAUAUGAGAUAUCAGCACUGUGUUCAAGGAUUAAGGUCUGUGAGUGAUUAUAAAGAAGAGUUUAACCGUUUGACUGCGAGAAAUAAUCUCAAUGAGUUAGCAAAUCAAUUGGUGGCACGCUACAUUGGUGGGCUGAAAGAUAGUAUUCAAGACCGACUGGAGCUGAAUUCAGUGUGGACGAUGUCGCAGGUCGUGAACUUUGCUUUAAAAGCUGAAAUGCAACAAAGUAGACAGCCCAAAACUCCAUACAACAGACGACAUUGGCAAGAACCACCCAUGGCUAACAACAAGAAUAACUCACCUGCAGCAAAACCUUCUCAAAGUACUAGUCCUAUAGUUCCAACAAGUGCAGUCAAAGGCACUGAAAGACAGCAAGUCCAUUUGGCUGAAUGUGAGGUAGAAGGAGAGUCAGUUGCCGCCGAAUUAGAAAAUGAUUGUGAAUCUGAAGACGUUCCCGCAGACGACGGAGAAGCAUUGGCAAGGGUCGGCGCCUUCGAUUGGAAGGGUCGGCGCCUCCGAUUGUUACCCAGCUCAACUGAAAUCAAGCCUCAAAGUUCAGGCCAAGUUAAACAAGCUGCCAUGCAUAUAGUGACAGGUUCCAUUUUGCUCAGAUGUUGGCGGGAACCUGCACCCUUGUUUGCAUUAAUCAUCACAGAACCAAGUCUUGAACUGCCCCAAAGGAAGGAACAUGAUGAUAUUCAAAAACUGCUACAGCACUAUAAAGAUAUCACACAAGAUGAGUUGCCAGACCAACUGCCACCACUCCGAGCUAUUCAGCACCACAUAGAUCUCGUGCCAGGGGCUUCUCUACCAAACAAACCACAUUACAGACUUAAUCCCAAAGAGCAACUCAUCUUGCAGGAACUCAUAGACACUUUGUUGCAAAAACAAUUUAUACAGACUAGCUUGAGCCCAUGUGCGGUGCCCGCGUUGUUGGUGCUGAAGAAGGAUGGGAACUGGCGGAUGUGUAUUGAUAGCAGGACUAUCAAUAAAAUAACAGUGAAGUACAUAUUUCCAGUGCCUCGUAUCGAAGAAUUGCUUGAUCAACUUACAGGAGCGUCUAUCUUCUCCAAACUCGACUUACGUAGUGGAUACCAUCAGAUCCGGAUACGCCCCGGAGACGAGUGGAAGACUGCUUUUAAAACACCACAAGGGCUUUAUGAGUGGAAGGUCAUGCCCUUCGGCUUAUGCAACGCUCCAUCCACUUUUAUGAGGAUGAUGAACGAGAUUUUGAAGCCAUUUUUGGGAAAGUUUUGCAUUGUAUAUUUUGAUGAUAUUCUAGUCUAUAGUAAUAGUUGGCACCAACACAUACAACAUUUGGAAACUCUUUUCGAGAUUCUACAACAGCAAAGGUUGUUUAUCAACCUUCCUAAGUGUGAGCUUGCAGUUUCAAAGGUACGGUUUCUAGGCUUUAUCAUAUCAGAAGAAGGAGUGAACAUGGAUCCGCAGAAAGUAGUUGCCAUUCUUGAUUGGCCUCCGCCAAGAUCCUUCUUUGAGGUUCGAAGCUUCCACGGUUUUGAAGCCAUUAAAAAGACAUUAAGUUCCGCCCCAGUCCUGGCAUUACCAAGCUUCGACAAAGUAUUCAUGGUAGAAACAGAUGCUUCUUCCAUUGGAAUUGGAGCAGUACUAUCACAAGAGGGGAAGCCGAUAGCAUUUUUCAGUGAGAAGUUAUCUGAUGCUCGCCAAAAAUGGUCAGCCUAUGAACAGGAACUCUAUGCAGUCAUUCGGGCACUUAAACAGUGGGAGCCGUAUUUAUUACACCAAGAUUUUGUAUUGUGUAGUGACAACAAAGCCUUACAAUUUAUAAACAGUGAAAGGUCUAUAAACCGUAUGCAAGCACGUUGGCUUAUGUUCAUACAAAGAUUUUCCUUCACAUUUCAACACAAGCCUGGAGUAGCCAACAAAGUGGCUGAUGCCCUUAGCAGAAAAAAUGUUCUGCUUACCAAAUUGCAAAUCGAGACCUCUGGAUUAGAACAUCUAAAAGAAUUGUAUGAAACAGAUCCUGAAUUUGGGAGCAUUUGGAAGACUUGUCAAGUAGAGCCAAAUUUUAAGGGAUAUUCCAUCCGGCACGGGUACCUGUUCAAGCAGAAUUUACUGUGCAUUCCACUUUCUUCUUGGAGACAACAUUUGAUACGAGAAGCUCAUGCCGGAGGUCUGGCAGCACAUGUUGGCCGCGAUAACACCUUAAGACACAUUCAGUCUCGUUUCUUUUGGCCAAGACUUCGACGGGAUGUAAUCCGGUUGGUAGAAAGCUGUCCGAUUUGUCAAGUCUAUAAAGGAGGAGCUCAAAAUACAUGA